GUCCAUCCGAGAGCCUCGUUCGGCCGUACGGACCCGUCGCUUUGAGCCAUGCACCUGCGAGGGUGGAAACGAGCUGCCCCGGGGACACGCUGAGCUGCGCCGGGAGUGGAGCCCGCCGGCAGGUGGAAUGGGGCAGCCAUGAACGGCGAUGCCCUGUGCCAGGAGCCCUCCUCCCCGCUCCCCGACUGGCGUGAGUUCUGCGAGCUGCACGCCCAGGCGGCCGCCGUUGACUUUGCCCAGAAGUUCUGCCAGUUCCUGAAGGAGAACCCGCACUACGACACGCCGGGCGCCGAGGCUUCCUUCUCACAUCACUUUGCAGCCAACUUCUUGGAUAUCUUCAGCGUGGAGGUCAGCCGGGUCUUCGUCUCCGACUCACCCACCAAGUACAACAUCGUGCCCUUCGUGGGGCUGCAGAACUGCCACGUGCCCUACGGGCGAGAGGUGGCCCAGAGGAAGGAGGAGACGUCCACGGAGUCCUUGGACAGCAUGGAGGCCCCAUUGGGUGCCGGCCGUUAUCUCAGCCCGGCGCAGCAGGCGCAGGCCCGCAAAGUGUCCUCCUAUGGGCAGUCCCGCAGCUCGGAGGAUGUCUCCGUGCAUGCAUCCACCAAGCCCAAGUUCAAGAAGGGCUUCUCCUUGAGGAACAUGAGCUUGUGCGUGGUGGACGGCAUGAAGGAGAUGUGGCACCGAAGGUCUUCUCCUGAGCCAGGCGCUGAGGCAGCUCCAGGCAACAGGAGGGCUGAGAGGGAGCCGUGGGGCAAGGAGCCCAAUGACCCCCGGGAGAAGUGGACCCACAAGCUGCGUCUGUCCAAGGCGCAGACCUCCAAGGUGGAGCUGGUGGACAUCCAGAGGGAGGGCACGCUGCGCUACAUGGUGGCCGACGACACGAACUGUGUGGGGAGUUCGCAGUGGCAGAAGUGCCGCCUCCUGCUGCGCAAGGCUGUGAAGGUGGAAGGGGAGAGGUUCCUGCUCGAGUUCUACGUCCCUCCCAAGGCUUCCAAGCCCAAGGUGAGCAUCCCGCUGUCAGCCAUCAUCGAGGUGCGGACCACCAUGCCUUUGGAGAUGCCUGACAAGGACAACACCUUUGUGCUGAAGGUGGAGAAUGGUGCUGAGUACAUCCUGGAGACCAUUGACUCCCUGCAGAAACACUCAUGGGUGGCGGAUAUCCAGGACUGCAUUGACCCCGGGGACAGUGGGGAUGACAUCGAGUUGGCGUCCUGUGCACAGGGAGCCUGCCUGCCGGGCAGGGCGUCCUCCUGCAGCUGCGAGUUCCUGGCUGAUGAUGCACACAGGCUGCCAGAUAGAUGUGCCCUGCCUGGUGCUCACAAUGCCACCACCACUGCUGUGCCUGCACCCCACGGCCGGGGCAGGGACUCCAUGGGGGAGCUGCUGGCCCACGUCCCACUGGAGAACUUCUUGCAGACACUGGAGUCUGCACCCGCAGCCAGCACACGCCUUGCAGGAGAGGACAGUGAAGCGGACACAGAGAUCAACCUCUCUGACUUCCCCUGGUUCCACGGGACGCUGUCGCGGAUCAAGGCAGCUCAGCUGGUGCUGUUUGGCGGUGCCCGGAGCCACGGUCUGUUCGUCAUCCGGCAGAGUGAGACACGGCCAGGGGAGUACGUGCUGACCUUCAACUUCCAGGGGAAAGCCAAGCACCUCCGCCUGUCGCUGAACGAGAGCGGGCAGUGCCACGUGCAGCACCUCUGGUUCCAGAGCAUCUUCGACAUGCUGCGUCACUUCCACACACACCCCAUCCCGCUGGAGUCGGGCGGCGCUGCGGACAUCACGCUCCGCAGCUACGUGGUGGCCCAGAGCCUGCAACCCGACGCUGGCCCUCCUCCAGCCCUCGUGCCACAGCCGCCGCUCUGCCGCACCGACCCACCUCCCCCACACUACUUCUGCAACACAGCGCCCGCCGCCCCGCCGGUCCCACCACCUGCAGAGGGGGUGGCUGUGCCCCCCGCCGUCCCCGCGCCCUACCACCGCCUGGAGGGAGCCCUGGGCCCCCGCAGCCGCAGCGACAGCGCUGAGCGCCGGCCAGAGCCCCCUGCCACCGGUGCUGAGGACUACCACGAUGCUGAUGGAGCCCGCAAUCGGACCCGGGCAGUGGAGAACCAGUACUCCUUCUACUGAGCCCCUCAGAGCGGGAUCGUGGGGGGACACGGGGCAACCAUGCCCCUUGCUGCUGCACCAGCCUCACUGCCACCACCAGCACUGGGGUCAGGACAUCCUCCUUGCUCCGUGUGAUGGCCCAGCUGGACCUGGCAGCACUGAGGGGGUGUGAGGUUGGCAGCAUCGGAGCUGUUUUGGAGCUUGCAGCACGUUCCCUUUCCCACCGGACCAAGUGUUCUCCCAGCACUGAGGUUUGGGUGUUUGGGGAUGGGGAUAGAAGUGUCCCUGCAGAGCUGUCCUCGUAGGCACAGGUCUGAGUGCCUGGAGGUACCAUGUGCCCCAUGCCCAGCCCAGCUCCAUCCUUGUGCAUCUCCGGGGCACACGUUUCCCAUGCUCUGCCAGGAGAAGGCUUUUUGUCCAAAGCUUGAUGCAUCUCAUUGGAGGAAGGUUUUUCCUUGCUUUCCUGCCCUUUCUCUUCCUUUGUCCUUUUUCUCCUUGUAGAGACUCCCCGAACACCCCCUUUCUUCCUCUCCUUUGCUUCUGAAACCUUGGAUGCCUACAAGAGUAUCAGCAGUCUUCUGCCUCCUUUCUACAGCACUCAUUGCCAUCGCUGAAGGCAAACCUUGGAAAAUACACCACCGGCCCCCUUUGACAUCAGCCCUUAGUUGAGGUAUCUCCAGGGGGAUCAGACAGAGGCCAGGUGCAGGGCUGGAGGCAGAACUGCCCCCACAGCACUCCCCAGGGGUGCAAACACUACAGACCUUCAGUAGAUGCUAUUGAAGACUUUUAUUAUUUUUUUUUUUUCUUAUAGAAAUUGGAAAAGCCCAGAGAGAGUGAAAGGAACGGGGCUGCUGCCAGGUGGGGUUGUGCAGGUGGAACACGGGGGCCGGGUUGGGCUGACAGCAUUGGGAUUUCCCUUGUUCAAAUGCCGCCCUGCCCUCACCGGUGCCAUGUGGCAGCGCUGCUGCCUGCAGGGACCAUGUGCUGUCUCUGCCUAUUAACAGCACAGUGGCUUUUGAGCAGACCCCUACAGCAGAUCUCCAGCAUGAAAAGGAGCUCCCUAUUUCACUGCUGAGACCUGGGGGAGAGCAGAGAGGAGAAAGAUGCUGGGGCCAGGCUGCUUGCUGGGAUUUGUGCUUCAUAUAGGGUAUGAGUCAAGCCACAGCCAAGCUCAAACUACAGUGAAAUGCCUGAAGAGUUGUUCUGGUGUCUGGUUUUGAUUUGGAUCAGAUAUUUUUUUGUUAGGUGCCUUCUAUCCUGAGCUAGCAAAGCAUGUCCCAGCUCUGGAGUCACUUCUCAUCCUUCCUAUGGGCAGGGAUGAUGCUGUCCAGAGCUGAGAGCUGCCUUCUGGGCUGCUGAGGGCUGGGAGUAAUCCUUCCUGCAGCCAGCUCCACUGGUGCAAACACACAGCCCUCUGCCAGCAGCCACUUCCCCACGCAAAGGCUGGGGCAGUGAGAGUGGGUAUUUCUCCUUGCUCGUGCUUGCUCGUGCAAGGAGAAGCUGGAUGCUCCUCAUCACUGGGUUUAACACAAACUCCCUUCACAUGCGCAGUGAUGGAGUGGGGACCUCCAGAUGUGGCACAGAUGUCACUGCUCUUGUUCUCCCCACAGUCCCCAGGUGGCGGUGGAUGAGAGCGCUGCCUUACAGACAGACGUGUUGGCUGAUUUGUCAUCAUCUGCGUCACGGGAUAGGAGCGGGGCGGGGGGGAGCAGCAAUCUGCAAACAAACAUGUUCAUUUGUAAAUAGGGAAGAGUCUGGAAGAGUUUACUGUUCUGUAGAAUAAAUUAAUUUUAUUUAAAAAAA